UACAUCAUUACUUAAAUUACCCGUUUUUCUUUUUAGCAUUUUAUGCUUUCUUCUAAAUUUUUAUUAAUUUUUCAAAUUAAUUUGAAUCGAUUUAAAUUUAAAACAACUAACUGGCAACUCCUUUGUGUACUAGACACGCGGUAAACUUUUUGUCGUGUGUUCAGCGUCUUCUCGAAAUUUUGCUGUGAUUAAUUAUGCUUGAAAGUUAUCAUGAUAUCAUUUCCAUUUUUUUUUUAAAUGACGAGCAAUUCAGUUAGCAACUUUGCAUUUACCUUUUCUAGCCAACUUCUUCAAAGCCACGCCUACCGGUUUGAAAAUUCGCGCCUAGUUGUCCUGACAACAAGCAGACGACAAAAGCCUAAUAGCUCAAAAUCGACAACAAACGUGUGUUUUUGAAGUUAAAGUACCGAUAAUAUUAUCUUUAAAUAUCACCAAUGUUUCUUCUUUAUUGGAACCAUAGCUCAGUAAAAUAUUGAAAUGGAAAAGAAUUGGUUUACUUUAUCGUCGAGAUUCAGUUGAAUCUACAUUUAUUUUUUGUUCCAAGCGUUUAUUAUUUCGUGUCACUAUUACUCAAGUUGCUACGUCUGAUGCAAAUCGGCACUAACAUUCAACAGUGAUUUAUCAGUCGUGUGUUUUAUUGGACAUCGACAACAGCCUCUGUGCUUUAAAUUGGCUGGCUAAUCCAGUAAUUGUUAAAUCAGAUUUAGUUUAUGCACUGGUGUUUAUUUGUUUCCUGUGCUAGCUCGCUGAGUUGUUGCUGGACGGUUUUGGCCAGUGAAGGGUCAAUAAGAGCUGCUUUCUGCAAAAGAUUGAUCAUUUUCGAGCAAGCAGCGUUCGGCCAUGGAAUCGUCAAUGGCCGCCGCCGGACGGCUCGUCUUCAACUCGAAUGGCCAGCGCGUCAUUCAAGGCCAGCCGGAAUCGCCUUCCAACAACAAUAACAACGGAGCCGCCAAUGCCGCUGCCGCCGGAUCGACCAUGUCGCCGUCGGCUGGAUGUGCGGAUUCGUCAUCUCAUCCAUCGUCGGCGGCCUCAUCGUCCGACAACAACAACAACGAUGGCCGCGACGCUGCCGGAACGCCCCUAUCGGAUGCGGCGACGGAACGAUCGACUCCGGACGACAUCCGCACCUCUCGACAGACGAGUCCCAUCGAGAUGAAUCCCGGACGUCCUGUCAGCGUAGGCGUCCAUGUGGUGGCCAAGAAAUCCAAAGUCACUCAGCAUAAAAAGAAGUUUCGCAAUUUUUCAAUGUUUCGCUCAAGAUAUUCAAACUUUCAACAUCAUUCAAUCAUGGCAGAAUUUAUUUGUUGUCAUUGUGGGAAAAAAUUCAGAAAUGUGCCACUUUUAAGAAAGCACAAAAAAUACGUACAUGAAGUCUCCAAUGCUGCCUGUGACGUAUGUGAAAAAACCUUCAAAAAUUUGGCACAUCUGAGACGUCACCAAAGAUACGCUCAUCGAGUCUCCAACAUUGCUGCCUGUGAUGUAUGUGAAAAAACAUUCAAAAAUGCGGACUGUCUGAGAAUACAUAAAAGUAAAAUUCAUGAAGUCUCUAAUGCUGCCUGUGACGUAUGUGAAAAAACUUUCAGAAAUGUGACACGUUUAAGAGAGCACAAAACUAACGUACAUGAAAUCUCUAAUAAUGCUGCCUGUGACGUAUGUGAAAAAACUUUCCAAAAUUUGGCACGUCUGAGACGUCACCAAAAUUACGCUCAUCGAGUCUCCAACAUUGCUGCCUGUGAUGUAUGUGAAAAAACUUUCCAAAAUUUGGCACGUCUGAGACGUCACCAAAGAUACGCUCAUCGAGUCUCCAACAUUGCUGCCUGUGAUGUAUGUGAAAAAACAUUCAAAAACGCGUACUGUCUGAGAAGUCACAAAGAAAAAGCACAUCAAGUCUCUAAUGCUGCCUGUGACGUAUGUGAAAAAACUUUCCGAAAUGUGUCACUUUUAAGAAGUCACAAAACUAACGUUCAUGAAGUCUCCAUCAUUUCUGCCUGUGAUGAAUGUGAAAAAACUUACAAAAAUGUGUCAAGUCUGAGACUUCACAAAAAACGAACUCAUCAAUGUAACAACUAUAGUAAACUCGAUAACUGAUUAAUAUCAGCUAAUGGAGAAUUUUGUCAGUCACAUGACCCAUCGAUAUGAGUUUGUGACAAUGCUCUACUAAAUACGCUCUUGAAAAAAAACGAAUUAUUGCAGAUACUUGAAUUCAAUAUAUUUUUUUGUUCGAAAAUGAUCGGCUGGUAAUACGCUACCAUUUUCAAAACAUGCGUCUUUUAA